AUGUCUUCCUUAAAUAAUAAUAGCUCUUCGUUUGCAAGACGAAAACCAGUACCUGUAGUCUCAGAACGAAACCAUGAGGAACCUUCGUUUUCUUCGCAAACCUCAACGUCGCUUUCGAAAACAAAUAAACCAACUGAGCCAAAUUUCUUAAACCAAGCUCCAAGAGCUCCUGCAAAAUCACCGUUAAGGCAUAGCGCUUCAAACGGCUCAGUUAAUGGAAACCAAAAUGCCCCUGCUACACCUAUAAGUGGUUCUGCACAAACUACUAUUGUUCAACCUGUUAUGAGUACAAUGACGAUAACAAGCACAUCAACUGUGCAAAUUCAAAGUACUUCUAAUUCUACAAACACAUCGAAAACUCCCACUAUACGUUCACGUCCCUCUGUAGAUACUACUUCGUUACAUUCUGCAUUUUCUUUGGAACGCGAAUUACCUUCCUUGCCAAAUGAACGGAUUAAUAAAGAAUAUGAAGGUUCUAUUAAAUCACUUCAAACGAUUAAUUCAAAGAAAAAUGGUUCAGAACAAAGUUUCCAGAUCGCAAACUCCCCCACCUCAAUAGGAUUUCCUACACCUUCAGACAUAAAUAACAGCAAUACUUCUCCACCUCAAUCUCCCAAAAUUAAAUUACCAUCAUUAGCUAUUGCCAGCGAUCUGAUCGCUUCUUCUGAAGCUAUACUUUCGUUGAAUACUCCGAAAUUUCCAGGAAGUUCUUUCUUGGACACGGCUGAUGAAAUGUUGAUGCAAAUUUUGAUUUCGCAAUCUGUUAUUGAUUCAAAAGAUUUCGAGAUAUUGAAUUUAGAAGAAGAUCAUUCAUUAUUAACAACUCGCAUCGCAGCAUUAACUUCAAAGCUUUCAUUGGAAUCAAAAAUUCGGGAAGCGGCUAGUUCACUUGCAAGACUUCAUGCGUCCAAUAAAAGGUUGUCAAGACAAGCUACAGAUCAUUUAGCUACGGCAAAUCGUAAAGUAGAUCAAGUUGCGACAGAAUUAUGGAAAUUAACACAACGAGCUGGUGAAGUUCAAAGAAAAUUAUUACAGCAUAUGGCUGGGGUACUUAGCAUUGGAAUACGAAAAUUGGAAGAAAAAAGCUCACAACCUCCUUAUUCACCACAAAAAUCAGUGGAAGAUAGCAACGGAAUUGAUAGUUUAUUUAAUGAAAUCAUGGGAAUUAAUAAUAACAAUGAUAAAAGUAACGUACGGGAUGAUGGUUUGUUGAAAAAAGUUUCAAUUUUGGAGGAGUCAUUAAAUAAUGUUCGUCAGACACUAGUAGAAGCCAGAAUGGCCAUAAAACGAAAGGAUAAAGAAAUUGAAGAACUUAAAGCUAAAGUUGAUGAUACAGCAGCAGAAGCUCGUGAAAGGACAAUAGCUGAAUUAAGAACUGAACUUGAAGAAGUUGGAAGUCGGUUAGACAUUGUAUUAAGAAAACACAAGGCAAAUAAUCGAAAGAAUAAAAAUGGUUCUAGAUCUGAAAAUAAUGAAGACUCUGAUGAAUCGGAUUCAGGAGCUUCCAAUUUCUAUCGAUUAUCUACAAUGACCACAGCAACUCAACACCUUCAAAAAGAACAAUACAAAAAUAUCAUAGAAAAUUUGAAUGCAUUGGAAAAGGCGUUGGAAGAUUGUAUUUUUAAAAUUUAUAAAAUGGAACAAGAAAUUAGUUCGGUAAAGAAUAAUUCAGAAGAAGAAAUAAAGUCAUUGAAAAAUCAGUUACAAGAAGUUACAAAUGAUUUACGCCAAUCAAAAGAGGCGUUAGAAGCGGAAAAAAUCAAAAAUGACAAAAAUGAAAACGAAAUUAGUGAGUUGAAGGAGAAGGUUAAAUUAGUCCAAGAUUUAGAACAACAAAUUAAAGAUAUGGAACAAAGGCAAGGUGAAAAAGGGAUUGAUGAAAUGAAUUUUAAUGUAAAUUUAGAAUUGAAGCUGAAACAAACGACGAGAAAAUAUGAAGAAAUGAUUGAUCACUUGAAACAAUUAUUUAAUAUCUUGCCUGUUGUUGACUCGGAGAAUGAUCCUGAACAGGGUGGAUAUAAUAAUUUGAAUGACAAUAAGUUCGGGGUGGAUGAAUUUAUUAAUAGAGUACGUGCUGUCGGAGAAGAAAAUCGAAGGUUGCAUGAUCAAGCAUCAUUGCUUCAAUCUCGUUUGGAACGAAUACAUGGACAAAUGAUUGAAUUGAGAGAACAAGAAAAUAUUAAACAAGAAUUGGAAGAUACACGACAAGAACUUGAGGAAACCAAGGAAAAAUUAUCAUACCUUGAAGAAAAAGCGCAAACCGCCAAAUCACAAGUUCAAUCAACUAAUGAAAGAGAAAAUGAAAUGCGUAAUGAACUGAAGACAUUACGUGAACAAUUAAAGACGAAUCAAGAGAAAAUACGUAAAUUUGAAGCUAUUAUGAAAAGGCAAUCCGUGUUACAGGUUGUUAAUGAUGGGACAACUAUCAAAGAAGAAUUUCAACAACAACUAGCCACUCAAGAACAAGAAUACGAAGCUCAAUUGAAAGAGAGAGAUGUGGUCAUUACAAAGCUUCGUAAUGAUUUAACGAAUACUGUAUCAGAGAAAGAUAUGAUAUCACAAACCGUUAGAGAUUUGGAGGAAAUGUUGAAAUCUAAGUCCAGAACAUUGGAUCAAAGGGAAGUUAGUAUAAAUCGAUUGGAGAGUGAUAUUGUGAAAUAUAAAUCAGAACUUGCAGAAUUGAAAGCUGUAACUGACGAUGGAAGUUCAGGUGGAAAUAAUCCGAAUAGUCUUAAAGCAGAACUUGAAGCAGCACAUGAAGAAUUGAAACAUUUACGGAAUGUCAAAGAAAAACUUGAGGCACAAUUAAAACAGACAAAGAAUACUUUAGAAAAAGCACAAAUGGCAUUUUCCGAAAGAGAAGAAGCUUUAGAAAAACGUUCAGAAAUAAUGCAAGCGGAAUUGGAUGGGAUAUUGAAAGAAUUCGAUCGAUUGACGAGAAAUUUCCUUGAUUUUGAUGGUGAAAGGCAAAAAUUGGAGAAUUCUCUUGAUAAAUUACAAAAGAAAUGUGAGAAUUUAGAGAAUGAAUUGGCAGAUGAAAAAAUCAAAAAUUUGGGUAUGGAAGCCGGUAAUGAACCCACUACGACCGCUACAUUAAGGAAAGAAUUUAGAAAAAUGAUGGCUGAAUCCAAAGAUGAACAACAAAAAGCGUUACAUCGCGAAAUAGAAGAAAAGAAAAAAUUGGAAAACGCUGUUAGAAAUUUGAAAAGAGAAAGGGAAGCUGAAAAAUGGGAAAAAACAAAUAAGGGUACUCAAACUAGAUUUGUUGUUAGCGUAUAA